UCUGAGUUGCCAGGGGUCGGGGCGGUUCUGGUGGGCACCGGUUCUGUGCCCUCCCUGCUUCGCGGCCGAUGCCCGGGGGCCGCGGGCGGGGUCUGGGCGUGUCCGGAUGGGGGCGUGGCGGGGCGCAUCCCCUAAAAUCCCGCAGCUCGGUGGGGCGGCGGGGGCCAUGGGGGCGAGGGGCGCGCGCGUGGCCCUGUGCGGCGUGGCGCUGCUCUGCGCGCUCGGCCUGGGCGAGCGCCCCUCGGGUCCGAGCUGCGGCCCCGGCCGCCUGCUGCGAGGAGCCGGGACGGACGCGCGCUGCUGUCGCCUGUGCUCCGCGGCUGAGGAGGUUUGUCCCGAGGGGGACUGCACAUGUGUCCAGCCGGAGUUCCACUGUGGAGACCCCCAGUGUGACACCUGCAAACACCACCCCUGCCCGCCCGGCCAGGAGGCGCAGCCACGUGGGAAUUUCAAUUUCGGCUUUGAGUGUGUUGACUGUGCCACAGGGACCUUCUCUGGGGGCCGUGAGGGCCGCUGCAAACCCUGGUCAGACUGCUCCCAGUUUGGGCUUCCCACAAUGUUCUCUGGGAACAAAACACACAAUGCCGUAUGUAGCCUGGGGCCGCUGCCCACUGAGCCGCACGACCCCCUGACCAUCGUCCUCCUCACCGUGGCCGCCUGCAUCCUGGUCCUGACUGCAGCCCAGCUUGGCCUGCACAUCUGGCAGCUGAGGAGGCAGCGCAUGUGGCCCCCAGAGACCCAGCCGCUGCUGGAGGCACGGCCGCCAGCCGAAGACGCCUGCAGCUGCCAGUUCCCCGAGGAGGAGCGCGGGGAGCAGCUGUCUGAGGACAAGGGCCAGCUGAGGGACCUGUGGGUGUGAGGCCUGGCUGUCCUCUGCCACAGCGGACCCAGAGCCAGACCUUCCCGGGAGGCUGCCCAGGGCUGACUCUCGGGAGCAAGAGCUCUGCACCCUGCUGUGGGACCCCAGCUCCGGGCCCGGCCCUGCUCCCCUCGAUGGCGGAAGUGGGUGUGCGUGGUGACAGUGACCGGUCCCCCAGACCAUGCAGAAGAGGCAGCAGCCGUGGCCAGACCCCACGGGAGAUACAGACACAGCCACGUCUGCCUCCCUCCCUCCCUUGCUGGCCCUGUUGGGGUGGGGUCUCUGGGCCCCUGGCUCCCAGGACAGGAGGCCAUGCCCAGUGCAGGACCUAGCUACAGGCAGUGCUCAAUAAACACUUGUCCAGUGA